CCUAAAAACGCAAGAAGAUAAGUCAAGCAACCGUAAUGUCAGUCUCAGAAGAAAUCAAUAUCAAAACCAGUAAAAAACCUUAAAUUCUUGUGUGGUUUAUAGAUUAGUGAAAUAAAAUAUUUCACUUCAGUGAUGGUGUGUGUAGAAUAAACAGUUGGCUUGUUAUCACCACGAACAUUGCGACUCAAUCAUUAUGCAGAACGUAAUUAAUAGCGUUAAAGGAACUGCCUUAGCUGUGGGUGAAUAUUUGACCCCAGUUUUAAAGGAGUCAAAGUUUCGUGAAACCGGCGUUUUAACUCCCGAAGAAUUCGUAGCCGCUGGAGACCAUCUUGUUCAUCAUUGUCCCACCUGGCAGUGGGCAGUUGGAGAUGAAUCAAAAGCGAAACCGUAUUUGCCCAAACGUAAACAAUUUUUAAUUACGAAGAAUGUGCCAUGUUCCAGAAGAUGCGAGCAGAUGGAAUAUUCAGAUGAUUUAGAGAGAAUUAUAGAGUCUGAUGAUGCGGACAAUGGCUGGGUUGAUACCCACCAUUAUGACAAAGACAAUGCCUCCAUUGAAGAUAAAAUAUCUGAAAUGACUCUAGAAAAGGCAGAGAGCAUGGAAGAAGCUGCACUGAAAACCGACAAUCAUAAUAGUGAUGAUGAAGAGGACGAUGAUGAUGAAGCGGCUGAUAUGGAAGAAUUUGAAGAGAGCGGCAUGUUGGAAGAUGAUCAGGUUGCCAAGGUGGUCAAGCCCACCGCAACAGCUGGAAAAAGUGACGCCGAUGAAGGAGAAAUAGUCAGAACUCGCACUUACGACCUACAUAUAACUUACGAUAAAUAUUAUCAAACUCCUCGAUUGUGGUUAACAGGAUACAAUGAGAAACAUGAGCCUCUAAGUGCCCAGGAGUUUUUCCAAGAUGUAAACAAGGACUAUGCCAUGAAAACGGUAACAUUGGAAUCGCAUCCUCAUUUAAGUGGGCCUAAGAUGGCUUCUGUACAUCCUUGCAGACAUGCUGAAGUGAUGAAAAGUAUAAUAGAAACCGUAACUGAGGGCGGAGGGGAAUUAGGAGUUCAUAUGUAUCUAAUUAUAUUUUUGAAAUUUAUGCAGUCUGUAAUACCCACCAUAGAAUAUGAUUACACCCAAAAUUUUAAAAUGUAAACUAUUUUGUUGCUUGUUUUUUAUCCUGAACUAUUUUAUUUGUUUACACUGUUAGAUAUAUAAUUAUUGAGUAAAUGUCUUCUGCAAUAAUGCAUGAAACUCAUUUUGUAUUACACUUUUUGUUAUUAUAGAUAAAAGCACGCAAUUCAA